UCUUGGUGAAGGAGGGAGUGUGCGUCAGAGAGAGAGAGAGAGAGAGAGAGAGAGAGAGAGAUGGAGACUAACGACACCAUACAAGAUUUGAAGACAAGUUUAAGUCAUUUGAAAACCAAUCUGGACGUUUUCUUUUUGGUUACGAUGGGGACUAUUGUAUUUUUCCUGCAAUGUGGGUUCGCGUUCCUUGAGGCUGGGGCCGUACGAAGCAAGAACACUACCAACAUUUUGAUUAAGAACAUUUUAGACGUGUUCAUCGGGGGGCUGGCGUACUGGCUGCUGGGUUACGGUUUGGCCUUCGGGAGGGGCAACGCGUUCUGUGGCACCACGCUCUUCGCGCUGCAGGGGGUGGAAGACGAGGUGAUGGCCGUGUGGUUCUUCCAAUUCGUGUUUGCCGCCACCACCGCUACCAUCGUCUCCGGGUCCAUGGCUGAGAGAUGUGCGUUCGGGGCCUAUCUCAUCUACUCCGUGAUGCUGACAGCUGUCGUGUACCCCGUCGUGUCGCACUGGGCGUGGUCGGGGGACGGGUGGCUGGCGGCGACUCCCUACAAAGACUUCGCGGGUUCCGGAGUGGUUCACCUGACGGGGGGAGUCGCGGCGCUGGUUGGGGCCAUCAUCUUGGGGCCACGACACGGACGAUUUGGGCCAGAGGGACGGGUGCUGAAAGGCCAUUCCGUGCCGCUGGCGGCACUGGGCGGCUUCAUCCUUCUCUUCGGGUUCCUGGCUUUCAACGGCGGGUCCCAGGGGUCCAUCAGCCAGGAGGGGGACGCGGGGGCCGUGGCGAAGUCGGUGGUGAACACGGUGCUCUCAGGCUGCUCCGGGGGCGUCACGGUUCUGCUGGUGUACCGGACGAGGCUCUGUGGCAAACCCUCGACUUAGUCCUUCCUGAUAACACUGAACGGGGCCUUGACUGGGAUGGUGUCCAUCUGCGCGGGGUGUAACAUCAUGCCCACCUGGGGAGCGGCCGUCACAGGUGUGGUGGCAGGACUAAUCUUUCUGACCAUCCACACAGUGCUGCCCCUCCUUCGAAUUGAUGACCCCCUGGAUGCUGUGGCAGUGCAUUUCGGCGGGGGGCUGUGGGGGCUGACGGCUGUGGGGCUACUAGCAGAAGGGGGGCUGGUGGACGGCUCAGUGACCACCCUCAAAUGGAACAUGAUCGGAGCGGCCGCAAUACUCUGCUGGUCCGGUGGGUAUUGCCUCAUCCUGUUCGGGCUACUCCGGCUACUGGGCUGGCUACGUGUGCCCCUGGAUAUGGAGGUUCAAGGUCUCGACAUCCUGAAGCACGGAGAGCCUGCCUACCCUGCCGAGGCCUGGGAGGAGACUCAGUACACGGCGUCACUGGCGGCCUCGGAGGAGAACACAAACGCUUACAGGAACAAUUAUCUCCCCCCCAACAUGACAGCGCCGUGGCCAGCAUCUAGUUGGGGAGGAUUAGGAGCCUACCCACUCCCCAAGAACUACUUGCCCCACCUCUACCACCCCUACCACAGUGGCAUGGCCGUGCACUGGACCCUCCCAAACCCCCGCCGCAACCCAUACUACCACCACGGGGAAGGGGAAGGGGGAAGGAGAGGAAGGGGAGAAGGGGGAGCAAGAAAUCGCCAGACCCAGUUCCAGGGGAAUCAUGUCUUUUCCAACGGGGAGACCAACAUAGGAUACCAGGACGAUGAGGCCGAGCACUCCAAGCUGUGAGGGGAGGCAGCAGGCUGACAACGGCCGAGACUGGAAGAAUAUUGGGUAAUUGUGGAGGGUCACACCGCGCCUCCAAAAUACGAUAUUACGCCUCCAUAGUAUAGUUAAGGGACGAAAUACAUGUCCCUCAACCAUAAUAUAAAGGCGCAAGUAGUUAAAAGUAAAGAAAAGGCCUAAUCCCCUCCCCCUAACGAUCUUGGGGGACCCGUGGGAAAUCGGAUGUUUUGAGUGGGGAGCAUAUUUAAACUACUACAACCGAACUUUACAUAACCUAACCUCUAACACCCCCUCGACCCACCUUCCUAACCAGGGUCCCCCACAUGUAUGAUGCGCCGGUAAAGGGCUAGAGAAGUACAGCGGUAUGUGAAACCUUGGAAAGGUUAUUGUUCUCGUGGGGGCAAUAUUGGAGGCGCGUUGUGAAUCUCCGUAUUUACCGAAUAUUGACAGGACGACAAGGUGGGCGGCCCACCGCACCUAAAAUCCAACAAGUUCAAACUUCUUAUCUACAGGGGUCUUCGCCCCCUUCGGCCGCCCUUUGACUCAAUAAACGACAAGUAAAUAUACAUGAACCUUGUAAAGUGGGGGCUCUGCCCCCUUCGACCCCCUACCCGAUGACUCGUGUCACCCGCGGCAUCGUGGAUUCCCACACACAUUUCCCGGCUGUUUUCACUUUAUUUUGAUCCGUGGCCACACCCUCCCUCCCCUGUGGCUUCCCUCCCCUGUGGCUUGUCGGGGGGCGGGACCAGUUGGAUGCAAGGCAAGUACAGAGAUAUACUUGCCUUGGUUGGAUGGGCAGGACACGAGACAUGAAGACGGCACAUACGGAGGCCAUGACCGGACUCAACCCCAGCCUUGCCUUGCCUUGCCGAGCUAAUAACACUCCCCCUUGCCUGGCUCACAUAACCUGCGGCCCUUCCGUAACAUUUGAAGGCUUAUAACCUGCUCCUCGCCGUGCCAAACCAGGAAACAAUAAUAACAAUGUGCCUGCCCCGCCCCAGCGCUCGGCCUGACCCUCAGCUGUGUCAACCACACCGCCCGGCACAAACACUUGUCUAACCCAAUAACAGCACAAAACACCGCUGUCACGUACCCUCACCUACCACAUCUUAUCCCUGGAACACUUAUUUAUCUAUUACCACACAAAUAUAUCCCCCAUUUGCCAUUUCACUUAUAAACG